AUGAGCUUUGACUUUGCGGACGUGCCCCCACCAGUUAAUACGCGUAAAGACAACGAGAAAGACGAAAAAAAGCUCAAGAACAAGGAACCGAUCCGAAAAGUAAACAGUCCGAAGAAAGUUAAACCAAAUCGGACCGAGGGUUCCAAGAGGAUGAAGAGCAAGUUACGCAUUGAUAUGGUGGGAUAUGGUCAAAAACCCAUUGAAAACCGUUCUUGA